GCUGUAAAAUUAGUUCAGAUGAAUCGGGUCGUAGAGACAGCAAGCAGUACAGUCCCGUCGUGAAGGACAACAUUAUGUCAUAUUGGCAUAUUGACAUUGCCCUAAAACUUAACUACUCGCAUCAUUAACAUAAUCAGGACAGCCAAGUGCAUGCGUGCAACAUUUUAUUCUGCGUUUUAAGAAAUUAUUUUCCUUGAAGGCUUUGAGCAUAAAGCGUUUAAUGGGGGAUAUAUAAGAGGAUAACUAUGAUCUUAAGUGCUUCAGUAAGCUGUGCUAAAACAUCUUGAACAAAGCAUAUGUAAGUAUUGUCAUUGCCAAAUUAAGGCAACUUGGAAUGGUUGCAAUUUUAGGAGCCAAAUAAGUGUUUUGAAAAACGUCAGCUUGACAAAAUGUUGACAAGGGGAUUUAUCUAGAAAAAGGACCUAUAGACCUGAGGAGAAUGACCAUGAGCGGCAGUAAUCACACAGUUCCGUCUGCGCCGCUGGACCUGACCAACAAAACUAGAGAGCGUGGGAGCUGCAGUCAGGGACCGACAGGCGACCCAAGUCCCCCAACACAUAGCUCAGACAGGCACAAGUGCAGCAAUGGACAAACAGUUCAUGCCCUCGCACCACGGGACAGUUGUAAUGGCUCUUCGUCGACUCAAACAGCCGAUGCUAAUGGCAUGGGAAACAGAACGACUGACGAUCUCGGACAAACCCGACCUGUCACCCCCAACACGAAGUGCAAUCUGACGGACACUGCAGGAAUAUCCAAAGAUUCCUCAUUCUCCAAACUUCCGAUCAGGAAGCGUCCUUUUCCUCUUGAUCAUGAUCCCGCCGGUCCGAGGAAUUUUCGUGACGAACAGCACAACGAACCUAAAAGGAGACAUAGCCCUAGUCCAAAAACGUACCCUGACCGGACUCAUUUAAACACAGAUGUACAGAGGACAGUGAAUGAAGCUCGUGAUCAUCAGACCCACACGGACUCCCAGUCCCAGUUUAUGCCACCCGGGACUGCAUACUUGAUUGCAGGGUGUCCAUAUUACCAAUGGGCUCCGCAGUACACCAGUCCACGGAAACCCAUUGCCAUACAGACAACUCUGCUGGAAAGUGCAGAUCGACCACUAGCUGAUAUUGCUGCGGCAACACAUCAAGAUGAGGAUGGUGACACGCCUCUUCACAUUGCUGUGGUUAAGGAGAAUGCUAAACUGGUCACAUGGCUUAUUGAAAUAUUUCGAAGGGCCCACAAAGACCUGGACAUUUUCAAUAACCUACGACAGACACCAUUGCACUUGGCUGUAAUCACCGGUCAGCCCAGUCUGGUCAAAGCUCUCCUAGAUGCAGGUGCUGACGCUGGAGCUCUGGACCGUCACGGACAAACAGCGCUGCAUCUGUGUUGUGAGCAUGGAGAGGCUGAAUGCCUGGCCGUAAUCCUCAGACACUACGCACACAACCCUUCACCCCAUCUGGAGGUCAGGAACUAUGAGGGUCUGACUCCCCUCCACCUGGCAGUGCAGAACAGAGAUAUAAAGGUGACAAGAAUCUUACUAGACGGUGGAGCUGAGAUCAAUGCUGGGGACAACAAGAGCGGUCGCAGUCCACUGAUGCAUGCUGUCGAAAACGACUGUAUUGACAUGGUCAAGUUACUGAUCGAGAGUAGGUGUGAUGUGAAUGCACAGUCUUAUAGUGGGAACACAGCCUUACACAGCGCCUGUGGCAGGGGUCGAAUAGAGAUUGUCAGAGUGUUGCUGAAGAAUGGAGCAGACAAUAGUCUAAAAAACAACCAUAAUGAUACUGCCAUCAUGGUAGCAAAAAACAAAAAGGUGUCCGAUGUGCUGCGUGGGAAAGGCACCCGUAACACUGCGAAAGGGCUUUCAAGCAGUACCGGCUCUCUGUCUCCGGGCAGCUCAAAUCAUUCUCCAUUGGUAACUCCCACCCAUCAGAGCAGCACAGCACUUUCCCCUGGGGCUCCAGUUUCACAUUUGCCCAGGAGUCAGUCAGUAGAGAGCAUUUCAGAACGUCAAUCGCCAGUCAAUGGCAAUGAAAGAAUACCAAGGACUUUCCAUAACAUUGCAGACAACAGGGCAAAUCUCGGAAUGACGACAUAUCCAUUCCGGUGUUUUUCACCACCUGGGUACGAUCAAAUAAACCCUUCACACAUCCAGAGGACGUUAAUCGCGAGUCCUCCAUUUUACUAUGCAUCUGGUAUUCAAAAGACACAAUUUUACACCGAUGCACCGUUCAUCCUCCUUCCUGCUAUUUCUGUGCCGGUCACAUAUGGCUCUCCUUCUUUACAGUGUACUGUUAGCCAAUCACGACCAUCCAGUCAAAGCAGUGACCAAUCAGACAUGUCCACUAUGAGUAUAAACAGUGACGAAAGAGGUGUUAGUUGAUAAUUGCUAAACAUUUAACCACUGUGGCAAAGCCAACCUGAAUUGUGUUAUUUGACCUUUUGUUAAUGUGUGAACACAAUGACUGAAUUAUAUAAAUAAUUUUGUUUAUAGGCAUUUUUGUAAUCUGUGGUAUAUCUAAAGAGAUACUGUAUGAUGUGGCUUGCUGUGUAAUUUAAUAGAUUUUAGCAUUUUUGUUUACUGCAUAGUGUAUUGCAAAGAGCUAUAAUAUUUAUAGGUGUUAUAGCAAGACGGCAGAAUCAUUUUUAUGUUCUACAUUGUAUUAAAUUAUGUGCUGUCUAUGUGUAUUUGAGGAGAAACAGGAGAGAGACAAACUUUUCCAUUA